CUCUUUUAUUCUGCGGAUUGAUUUUGCCUUGCGAAUACAAAAUGAAAUUAGCGUUGACUCUUGCCUUCUGCUUUAUUGUGAAAGUUGCCAACGGUAACACCGUUCUUCAGAGUUCCUGCCAGUUGGACCUGGAAACAACUGUGUUAAAAAGUUUGGAACUAUUGAAAAACGCUCUUGGAAGAGGAGAGUGUCCACCAGCGUGCCCAGACGGCUGGCUGUAUAACCAGGGUUCAUGUUAUUUCUAUGCAAAUGAGGCGUUAGCUUAUGCAGACGCACAGAUUUUCUGUAAAGGAAGAGACAGUCACCUGGUCGAGAUAAAUGAUGAAGCAGUAAACACAUUUCUCAAAGACGUUGCUCGUCAAAUGAUUCCUCGACACUGGUGGAUUGGUCUGACGGACCAAGCGACCGAAGGUGAUUGGAACUGGAGCGAUGGCUCGGAGCCAACCUUUACUGAUUGGAUUGACAGACAGCCGGACGGUGCCGGAGAUUGUGGUCAUUUGCAUCACGUCGGUAUUAAUGACUAUAAGUGGAAUGACAACGCGUGUACAUAUGUAUUUUAUUUCAUUUGCGAAAAAUAGCUCACUUACUUUAUUGUCGUUUAAAACACAUUUUUUUACUGUGUGUUAACUUUCUUUUCACGUGUUUGAUUGUAUGUCUUGUGUUAAAAAAACUUGUUAUAGAGCAAACUCGUCAUCAAGGUAUGAAACAUCAGUUGUCGAUAUUUUCUUUUUUAUUAAUUUGGCAAGAUUAUUUUCCUCUUGGGAAAAGCUUUAAUGUCUUAACUGUUUCUAUUUGUUACCAUCGAUACACAAUUUUAAUGCAAUUUUAUUGAACAUUCCUAAAGCUACAGAAUAUGAAGACAGUUGUAUUUUGGGGAUUUUAGAUAUAAGAUAUUAAAUAGGUAAGAAAUAAAAACAAUUUACCAUGUUAUCAAUAAAAACAUCAAUAAUCGUG